UACUGCCAAUAGGGCAAUAGGUAAAAAGAUCAUAUCGUUGAUUACAUGAGGUUAUUUUAUUUAAUACAAAAUAGAAGUGCAUUGAAAUAUCUAACUAAGCUGUAAAUAAAUACAAUUAACAAGAAACCCUUAUCUUAAGUCUACUAUAGUGCGAGUUAGCAGUGUUUUAUUGAAGGAAACGAAGGAAGAAAACUUUGUUACAAAAUGCCUCCGCCACCAAAAAAGGCGCCUACAAAAGGUGCCAAGCAAAUCCUCAGUGAGAAUAUAGCUACAGUUCUUUUCUACCGCAAUAUGGCCUUAGCUGCGAGUGCGUUUUACGGCAUUUUUACUGGCGCAUUGUACUACGAUCAACUCACUGGAUGGAUCAUUUUUCUGAACGUGUUUGUGUUGGUGAUUUACAUCGGGUGCUACCGCAUGAUGACGUACAUCAGCCGGCCGACUUACGCAGACAACAGCCAGCUCAUUGAUCCGGGCCUCGACUUGAACAUGGAGGGUGGGAUGGGAGAGCACGUGAAAGACAUAGUGAUCCUGGCAUCCAUUACGCACGUGCUCGCCGUCGCGUCCAACUAUUUCUGGCUCCUACUGGUUCUGCUGCCGCUGCGAGCCUUCUGGCUCCUCUGGACCUACAUCCUCGGCCCCUGGUUCUUCCAAGAGGCACCACAGGACACGGAACAGAGCGAAAAGAAACAAAAGAAAUUGGAAAGGAAAAUGAAGCGAUAUCAGCAAUAGUUUAGGCGCAGGAUUCGCUAAGGAGGUGAAAUGUCGUACAAGGCUGAUUUUUUACCAGAAGGCCUAGCCAAUAAGACAAUCGUAUUAAUAGAAAUGGCCAUUCGAACCUUAAGUAAAUGUGUUGAAAGUCACGUUACUUGUCGUAGCAUCUGUCAUCCCGAUAUAAAAUUUUCUUUUCGUUUGGCGUUUGUGAUGAUGAUGGUAAUAUUUUCAGAAUAUUAUGAAAUUUAUGAAUAAAUGAGUGAGUAAUCGUUUUGCCAAAGAUUCGUUGAUUGUGCCGUAAAGUCUAUGCUAUCCGUCAACCAAACUGACGACCGAAUACGAGAGUGUAUAUAGAGUGAGUAUUCGUCUAUGUUCGUACGCAUUUAGUAUGCGACUGACGGGAGCGCGCCGAGAGUGUAGAGGAAUUUUGAUGUUGGCCAUUUUACCCACACGAAACGGAGACAACACGAACAUACCUAUGCGAGACAAUACGAACAUAGACGAAUACUCACUCUACACACUCGUAUUCGGCAAGUCUCGUGUUGUUUUGUCGAGAGUGUGGAGCGGGCUUUAUACGGUCGAUGAAUUUUUGGUGUUUCAUAUAAUCACUGAACGCAUUAUAUCAUGCUAGCUUGACUAUUCAUAUAUCAGCGAAUGUAAAUUAAGCUCACUGGAUCGAGCCAGUCUUCCAACCACUGGGCAGUAUAGGGUAUUCGGCUGUAUUUAAAAUAAAUUAUUUAACACCAUGUAUGAAAUAAAGUACCAGAUAAUUAUUAGAAAAACAUGGAGAGAGAAGUUAUUUUUAAACACAAGUUCUAUUUAACAAAUCGGAUAGAAAUAUAAAAAGUAGGUGAGUUGACCGUGACGUCAUUGUGUAAUGUUUUAUAUAAAUUCCAUAUUAGCAAUUCGUUUUGAGAGUUCUAAAAAAGAAACUGAUUUGACUAGUAGGAGAAUACCCCUUUAAUAAAGAAGAGCUUGUAAUGAUGAGACAAAACUACGCACUUGGUCGUCACUUUCCUUGAAUCUUUUGAACGCCAAGAACACCUAAAGUCGUCGUCACUAGUCGUGCUCACGGCGCCAUGGACGGCAUGGACAACUAUAGGUUUUAUGACGAACGCUGUCAAAGUAACCUUCACACUUUCAAGUAAGGUUUACAUUAGCUCCCUCGCGCCCGGGACCUUGGCGUGUCAGUGACGUUUUUGCUUAUAACGUAAAGCGUUCAAAGGGUCAAAAGGACCCGGUAAUAUCAUGAAAUACACCCGUAAACGUCAGUUUUUUCUCUCAUUCUGGCACGACGGUAGACACAUGUGUGUAAGAAUAUGUUUUUUCUAGGUUUAUAUGCAUAAAGCUUGUUACAUACAUAUUUAUUAAAAUUAAGAAGUACAAUUAAGUGUUAUUUACCUAAAAUUAUUGUUUUUUGACACGGUUAUGGAUACAUUUUGUAAAAAUAAACUAUGUUAAGUACA